CUCACGGUGUCAAUUUUUCGUUGACACUGAAGAGUGAAGGGUAGAGUGACGCAUAAUAUUGCGAUUAUAAAUACACAAAUUAAUAAUUAUUUGUUGUUUAUACGUAGAUAUUACACAAGGGUAAAAGUUACAAAAAUAUUGCAGUCGCUUAUUAACUUUCCAUCAAACUAUUACAAUUUACAAUGGUGGAGGAAGACGAAUACUCAUGUGUCAAUAGAGCACAAUUAAAAAUUAAAGAUAAUUCUGGAAUCAAAAAGAAAAAGAAGAAGAAGGCAAAUAAAGACACAGAAAAGGUUAUAAAACAGCAAAUUAAUAACAAUGAAGUCCAAGAACAAGUGAAGCAACGAGAAGAAGAAAAACGAACUAAAGCUGAAUUAGCAUUUAAGAAAAUGCAAGAAAAGAUGCAAAGACAAAGAAUACAGCAAAAAGCAGAGAUGACCCACAAACAGAGAGUUGAGAAAUUCAAUCAACAUUUGGACAGUCUGACUGAACACUUUGAUAUUCCCAAAGUAUCUUGGACGAAAUAAACACAUGAUACAAGAUUUUUCACUAUUAUGGUCAUUGAAUUUAAUAAUAACAUUAUUUG